AUGUCGCCCGAUGCCGUAGACGAACUGGCCAGCACCAUGCGCAAGGGCGGCCUCUCGCUUGGCCUCCUCGACCCCGUCUCCAACAUCAUCCUCAAUACCAUCGCCCUCCUCCCACGGGACUUCAGGGCAAACCCAUCGCCUCCGCACGACUCCAAGAGGAGGAGGAGGUCCAAGAGGACGGCCGGCGUGGUAACGCCCAGGGAUAGCUGGUCCACUACCAUUGGGCUUGGGCCAACCUGCCGCAGGGAUACGUGGGCCGGAGUUGCUGCGGCAUCCUACCAGGCUCUCCGCUGUUUCAUGGUGUCAUACUUCGGAUGCCUCAGUGAAGAACAGGCCACCCGGUACCUCCACUGGGCGGGCGCCGACCUCGCCCUGGCCAUCCUGCUCGUCGAGCACGAUCUAUACGCUGCUGAGCUUGAGCUCCCCGACCCCGCCUCCCAGAGGACUCGUGCCGCCCUCAAGUACGCCGCGGUUUGCGGGUGGCAUCCUGCGCCUGACAUCCUUGUGCGGCUCAACGCGUCGCCUUUGCCCCGGAAGCAGCUGCUCGAUGUCGCCACGUUCCUUAAGCCGACCAGGCGAAAGCUAACUGUCGAUGAUGUCAACACCCUCGUGGAUCUAUUGCGGUACCAGGACAGUGCCCCCCUGGACCUCCAGCUGAACUUGCUGCCAGGCGGGAGGGAGGUCAUCGUCUACUGCCGGAACCACAAGCCCGACCAAGGAACGCUUGAAGUUUCCAAAAGAAAGAGCUCCAUGUAUGGCUUCGACGUGGUCUCCAUCAAGGUAGAGCGCCAUGGUGACCACUUCGCAUCCUUGUGGUCUCCUAAAGACAAGAGAUCCAUGAUAUCAGCCUGUGUGGCAAAGGCCAGAAAAACAUCUCAAAGGCGCGGCCUGGUGGAGAGCUGCAGCGACGAUGCCUGCGAGUAUACUGAGUGUCUCAAGAUGAGGCUCCACGCCAUGAUCCACACAUUGUAUCUCAAAGUCUUCACCAUGCUUCCCCCCUCACGCAACAGGCUCAUCCGCGACAUAUUGUGGGCUGGACACUGCUAUGGCCCCAUGGACCCCAUCUCCAACAUCAUCCUCAGCUCCAUUUGGCACAGUAUAGUGUGCCCGCUCCCAUCGGCAGACUUUGAUAUCCAGGUGUACGACAUCCUCGACACCCUCUCUAUGCUUCGCGUGGAGGUCCGUUCCUUCGAAGGCCUCAUUGCCCUCGUUGGAGCAAAUUCUGAGUCUAGAUCCUCGAUGCAGCGGGUGAUGGAGCAGCUUUGCUGCAAAUGUUGUGACCUGUCUGACAAGACGCACACCCUGCAACAGUUUGCUGCCGCAGCCGCUGCGGCUCACGCUGCUCUAGGAUCAUUUCUCGCAUCCCUGACGCCGGACAUGCUGAUUAACAUGCGACGCCUGCUGACCACAGGUACAAAUGGCGUGAUCUCUUCUGAAUCUAUCAGUGAAAUAGAGCGCAUUAUCCAAGACAUCGCACCGCCCUUGUCUCCCGAACCUCCCAUGGAAGAGGCGCAACUGUGCAAGGAGGCUAAGGAGACCCUGUUAGGAAAGAGGUGUGAUUAUAACCAGAAGAAAUUAUUCAUUCGCUCUUGGCUUGCAAAAGUGCUGAAGAAUUAUGCUGCUGAGCAUCCUCAGGAACCAAAAUAUGUGCCAAGUGUUAUCUGUGGUGUCGAGGCUACUAACAUCGAAUCCUUAGAUAGCUAUUGCUACCACGUUAAUUUUGUGGCCGCUCUCGAAUCAGGGAUUGCUGAAAACAAACUCUUCGCCGAACUCAAUUUCCUGUGUCCUGAACAACAGCCAAAACCAAAUUUCUGCUGCCCUCUACCCCUGACUUAUAAAGGUCGUUGCUACUAUGGAACCGGAUCCGCGAGGAAGAUCAUGUUUCUAGAUUCUUCGGACUAUUUUGAGAGUAAUAUUGAUAUUACUGUUGGUGGGACUACGAGCACCGACCGAAUGCUAGACGUUGAUUUCGUAUUUGAUUUUAGGAGAGACGUGCAGUUUGCAAAGGAUGUUAGGCAGUACUAUGAAGACCAAAAGUUGUCGUCGGAGUGUGAUGAGUAUUAUUUCAGCGGCUGGAGGAACUAG